AUGCCACCACCGAAGGCUUUGACGCGGACGUGCACAACUCUGCGGGAGCUCAUUGAGAUGCUGAGGAAACUACUUGGUGAGGACAUCGAGGAAAGUAACUUCGUUGAGAAAAAUGGCGGCAAUCAGCUUCACGUUCGCUUGAGGAAACACAACGGAGGUGUCAACUACUAUCCUAAAUCGGGAAAAGUUGUCGUGGAUGGGAGGGACGGCCCGGCGAUCGCUGCGAAGCUUUCUGGUGACGUUAAUGAGGAGAUAAGCCUGGUGGAAACAACAGCUGUUUCGGGCGAGAAACCAAGUCUGCUGGAAGCCUCGCCUGUCGAGGGCGUAUCGAGUUUGGCUGAGGUGGACAGCGUCCUUGUUGAUAUUGGCGAGGGUGACUGGAAAUGGACGGAGGUCUACGAGAAUACUCUGUGGAUUCGGCAGAGUCUCCAGUUCGAUGCUGUCAUGGAGCUCGAUCGGACAUGUAACUGUCUGAACUUCAUGGGUCCUCAAGCUGAGCGUCUGAGGAGCAACUACCUCUCUGCUGCCAAGUUUUUGGAGCCUGUACAGAAGCGACCACGAUACCAAGAUGGCGUUGGCUCUCAGGCUUCGACUCGUAGCGUUCCUGAGGUGGCGAAGAACAGCAUUCAAUCUACACCCUCAAACUUGAUGCCAAAUUUGAUGUUAACCUUUGAUGGUGGAUCACAAGGCGGACAGUCGAGUGCUGGCAGUGGUGCUGUGUUGUACAGGAAGGAUGGGAACGGACGGUUCGAUGAGAUAGCUGCUUGGUCGUUGAAGCUCGGGCCUGGGAGAACUAAUAACGAGGCUGAGUACGAGGCUCUUUGUAUGGGCCUCGAUAAAAUUAACGAACUGAUUGAAGAACCUGCAAACCUGACUAUUCAAGGCGACAGCAAGCUGGUGAUAAGUCAAAUGGGUCCCUCGCAAUGGAAGGUCAAUAAGGAGGAACUCCGACAGCUGAAGGAUCGCGCUGAGCAGGCGAUACACGGGUUGAUGGACCGCAUGCAAGUGACUUGGAUUCACACCUUACGAUGCAAUAACAAGCGUGCUGAUGAGCUCGCUACCUUCGGAUCGCGGCAGCCGGGCAACGUGGGGGAGAUAAUAUCGCAUUGA